AUGAGCCGGUCUUCGGAGGGAACCCGAGACUGUAAUGAGAAUAUGGAACUUGCAGUCGAAUAUGCGAUUAUCACGCUCGAGCUGAGCCGCAAAUUUGCAUCAUUGGUCAAUCUCUUCAUCACUACUCUAAUUUUGAACGUUAUGAGGUAUUGCAUGUUGAUGCCCGGACCCAUCGGGUUUGUGUGGCUAUCUACUUUGGCCGGCUCUGAGCCUAUCAAGAAACGCAGCGGGUUCUCGAUCCAGCAAGUUUCAAAAUACCGACCAACGCCGCGUUCUCCAAUGGAAGAUUAUGCGAAGGCCGUUCUAAGGUCGGAUCGUUCCAAUCACAUAAAAGAAACUAAAAGUGCGCCGCGUAUCAUGAGCACCGCCCUGGAUGUGAAAUACGAGAGGUCUACAAAUCGAACUGUCUCAGCCGUCCCGGAACAGUUCGAUAUAGAAUACCUUAGUCCUGUGAAUGUUGCGGGAAAAACUUUAAACCUGGUACUUGAUACUGGAUCUGCAGAUCUCUGGGUAUUUUCAUCGCAGCAACCUCUGGCAGAAAGGUCAGCUCACGACUAUUAUACCCCUCCUCCCGGAACGUUACCUUUGAAUGGGUGUUCCUGGGAGGUACAGUAUAGAGAUAGCUCAGUUGCAAAGGGCAAUGUCUAUGUUGAUAAAGUUUCCAUCGGUGACGUGGUUUCGCCGUUGCAAUCCAUCCAAGCCGCCCAGAGGGUUGGCAAAAUGUUUACUUUGGAUUCUAAUUUUGAUGGUAUUCUUGGACUCGCUUUUCUUUCUAUUAAUACGGUUCGACCGGAGAAGCAAGUUGGGUUCUUUGAUAAUGUGAAGGAUACACUUCCCGAACCCUUGUUUGCCGUAUCUCUCAAGAAGAACAAGCCGGGAACGUUCGACUUCGGCUUUAUUGACGAUGAUAAAUACGACGGCAACAUCAAGUAUACCCCAGUCCAUAAAGGUGGUUUCUGGUCUAUUACUUCCACGGGAUAUGUUAUUGGAAACUCCAGUAGCAAUAAUACCCCAAUUAAGGGCCUUCUUGACACAGGGACUACCAUGGUCCUCCUCCCCGAGCCCAUCGUACACGAUUACUAUUCCAAAAUACCUGGUUCCACAAAAGCAUCUAGCCAGCUAAAUCCAUUUCUCAACGGCUGGAUAUUCCCAUGCAAGGCCAAUAUCCCGUCAUUUUCUCUCAUCGUUGAAAAUGAUUAUCGCGCGACGAUCCCUCCAGAACACAUCAUCCUACAGCCCUUUUAUGUUAGUGGGGGCUCACCGAUGUGCUUUGGUAGCAUACAGGUAGCGAUACAUGAGAUUGUUUUUGGUGACAUUAUUUUUAAGAGCCAAUAUGUGGUGUUUGACACUGCGGGACCAAAAGUAGGUUUUGCGAGGCAGCGCCAGCAGAAGUUAGGGAAGGAGGUCGUGACGGGAUAG